UAUGAGUAAUAAAAAGUAAGAGUAACCCUUAGGAAAUGCUUAAAAUAGAUAAAGAGGUGAUUAAAAAUAAAUCACAUUUUUCAAAUCUAAAUUAUCUGGAUUGUCACCAUUGAAUAAAUUCAGUCCUUUCAAAGAAUCUAGCACUUAUUAGCUAUUCAAAUAGAAUUAUGCCUCUGUUGAUUUCACAUAACAAAAGUAUCAAGUUAAAAUUUCAAAGACAGCCCUUAUUCAAAUCAAUUAAAUAAAGAUCUAAGCAUAAAGAACUUGCAUCUUAUGAUUCCUAGAGAAGUCCUCAUAAAUCUCCAAAUACUAGCAAUUAGUAAUUUUAUCUUAAUUUUGAAGCUCUUCAAGAUAAACUACUUAGAAGAAAGACUAUAACUCUAGAAUUUAGUAAGUAAAGAGAUAGGAAUAGUAAGUGAAUUAUAGUUAAUUUUAGGAAAAUACCAUAUGAUUCAUUGAAAUCUUAGAACAUAUAUAUAGAGAGUUAAAAAUCAAUAUCUAAUGCAUUAAAGCAAUAUUAGAAACCAGAGGAUAUGUAAAAUAUUAUAAUAUUAAAUAGGAAAUUGAUUAUUGGAUUAAAAAGUUUAAUUAAGAAAGAGAAAUAGGUAAUUUUAAAUGAUGUUGAUUAAGUGAUCAAACAAACAGAUAAAUAUUAAUCUAAAAUCAUAGAGAUUGUAUUUUAUUAAGUUAUAUAUAUUAGACAAAUGAAUAAGAAGAAUUAAAGUAACAAUAUCAAAAAAUGACUCAAGAUGAACAUUUAAGUAUGGAAAAAUAUGGUGAAACUAUUUGUAAAUACAAUAAAGCAAUAUAAUUAUUACAUGAAUUAUAAAUUGAUUACGAUUCACUAUUACCAGAAUUAUGUAUAAACUUAUGAAAUUGAUAUUUAGAGAAUGAUUAAACUGAAGAAUCCUUAAAAAAAGUAUAAUAAGAAGAGAAUAAGGAUGAAACAAUUUUAUUACAAUAGUUUAUAAUAAAAAAACUAGUUAAUAAAAUAGAAGAAUCCAAAUCACUUAAUCAAUAACUAAUUUCAAAGAUAAAAUAAUGAU